AUGAUGGGUGACGACGGAUUCUCUGAUCACCCCAAAUCCGCAGAAUUUCUCAACAUCUAUUUGGAAGAUAACCUGCAGCCCAACCCACAAGUGCCCCCGAGGGAACCGAGCAGCCAACCGGAAUCUCCUGGAUCUUGCAGGGAACAAACCUGGGCCCUUGACCCUCUGGAUUCCAGUAAGCAAGAUGUCCCCACAGGUUCCAACACAGAGCCCACACAUUUGGAGAGCUGCUCUUCCCAAGAGGAACAACACGAGCAGAGAACACCCCCUGGGUCGCCCCAGGACAACCAAUCGCAGGGGAGCCCACAGCGGAACCAGAGCACUUCCGCCCAGGUCAUGUUCUGGGCUGGCAUCUUGCAGGCCCAGAUGUGUGUGCUCGACCUGGAAGAAGAACUAGAGAAGACAGAAGGGCUCAGAGCUGAGCUGAGAUGCUGUCUCCCUGCAUCUCCUGUGGACCUCCCCACCUUUCCCUCCAGCCCAGAGAGUCCCGGUGAUUCGGACAUCCACCCCAGGUCCCCACCUGUGGAGGAGGACAUGGGAGAAGACAGUAGUGGGCCUGAGGAGGAGAACCACCGGUGGCCAAGGGAGGAAACACCCGGAUCUUCUCCAGAGUGGGGUGCCGAGGAGGAGAGCCUCUUCUUUGACAAUCCCCUCUUUCUGGAAAGCCCUUUCUCUGAGACCAACGCUUCUGAAGAGUGCUUUUCCUGGGCGUUCCCAGACACCCUUGUGGAUGGGAGGACUGGGUCUGAGAGCCCACAGGCCCAGGAGCCUCCGCUUCCAGGAGGUGAAGUUCCCUGGGAGCUGGGCAGUGAGCUGGAUUUGGGGGAUGACACAGCAGGUUCCAGUGGGUAUACCACUCCUCCAUUCCCUGUGCCCAUCUACAAAGUACACUCCCUCUCCUGGCCUACAGACGGCGCCACUGAGGAGGGUCCCAUAGUACUUCCCGUGCAGGUGGAGAGUGAGGUUAUACCCUGCCCUGAGGACUUGGAGACUAAGGAAGCUUCUUUCUGGCCCCAGGUGCCUCUCAGCUCCCAGGACAGAGGUGAGAGGGAUGCUGAAUGUCUGCAAGAUUUGGCCCCUGGCACCUUAGCCCCCUGCCUUUGGGGGAGUCCAGCUUGUUUGCCUGAGCCUAGCAGCCCAGAGCCUGACAGCAGAGGACCUGGCCCCUGGCCCAGCCCUGUGGCUUCCCAGGAGGGGAGCCCGCGCCACUCGGGCAGCGUUUUCCCCAAGUGGACACUUGAUGCUGCAUACCUUUCACACUUGGAGACCAGUGGGACAGAGCCAAGCUCCCUGGAUAAAGAGGAGGUAAAGGAGGCCACAAGCCCAGAGGAGGAUGUAAAGAUUGAAGAUACAGUCAGGACUGAAGAGGCUACAGCUGUCCAGUUGGAUGUUCAACCCACCCCUACUGAAGGGUAAAAUCUGAGGACACCAAUGGACUCUUCCAGGCUUCCUGAGAUCCCCAUGCCCCAAGCACCAUCCCCAGAGGAAGGCCAGAGACCACAGACGGGAGACAAGCUGGCUAAUGGUGUCAGGGAUGACAAAGUGGCCUGGAACUUGGCUUCACGUCUCUAUCGCCUGGAGGGAUUCCGGAAGUCUGAAGUGGCUGCAUACCUGCAAAAGAACAAUGACUUCAGCAAGACUGUGGCUGAGAAGUACUUGUCCUUCUUCCAGUUUGGAGGCCAGAGCCUGGACCGCGCCCUCCGGGGCUUCCUGCAGGCCCUGGUGCUUAGCGGAGAGUCUCAGGAGCGUGAGCGAAUCCUCUACCAGUUCUCAAAGCGUUUCCACUACUGCAAUCCCAGGGUCUUCUCCUCAGUAGAUUCUGUGCACACCUUGACCUGUGCCAUCAUGCUCCUUAACACGGACUUGCACGGACAGAACAUUGGGAAAAGCAUGAGCUGCCAGGAAUUCAUCACCAACUUGAAUGGCCUGCAUAAUGGUGGGAACUUCCCCAAGGAGCUGCUGAAGGCCCUCUACUGGUCAAUCCGAAGUGAGAAGCUCGAGUGGGCCGUGGAUGAAGAAGAUGCAGCCAGACCUGAGAAGGCCAAGCCAUCUCCCCCUGUUGGCAAGCUCAGCAGCCCUUUCCUCCAGCUAUCCCAGGACCCCACUGUGCCCACCUAUAAGCAGGGCAUCCUGGCCCGGAAGAUGCAUCAUGAUGCAGAUGGCAAGAAGACACCCUGGGGCAAGCGCGGCUGGAAGAUGUUCCACACCUUACUUCGAGGAAUGGUACUCUACUUCCUGAAGGGAGAGGACCACUGUUCUGACGGGGAGAGUCUGGUAGGACAGAUGGUGGACGAGCCCGUGGGGGUGCAUCAUUCACUGGCGACCCCUGCUGCGCAUUACACCAAGAAGCCACAUGUCUUCCAGCUGCGUACCGCUGACUGGCGCCUCUACCUCUUCCAGGCACCCACUGCCAAGGAGAUGAGUUCCUGGAUCGCCCGCAUCAACCUAGCCGCCGCCACGCACUCGGCGCCGCCCUUCCCCGCUGCCGUGGGCUCCCAGCGUCGAUUCGUGCGGCCCAUUCUCCCGAUUGGCCCGGCCCAGAGCUCCCUGGAAGAGCAGCAUCGAUCCCACGAGAACUGCAUGGAUGCCGCCGCAGACGACCUGCUGGAUCUGCAGAGAAACUUACCGGAGCGGCGGGGCCGCGGCCGCGAGCUGGAGGAGUACCGCUUGCGGAAGGAGUAUCUGGAGUAUGAGAAAACCCGCUACGAGACCUAUGUGCAGCUGCUGGUGGCCCGUCUGCACUGCCCCACCGAGGACCUGGAUCCGUGGGAGGAGCAGCUGGGAAAGGAAACUGGAGGCCCACGGGAGUCCAAGCCCAGCCUGAAGAAGUCCCACUCGAGCCCAUCCCUGCACCAGGACGAGGCUCCCACCACAGCCAAGGUGAAAAGAAACAUCUCAGAGCGCAGAACCUACCGAAAGAUCAUCCCCAAGCGGAAUCGCAAUCAGCUGUGA